AUGGCAAUUUUGCGUUCUGCUUUUCUAAAACAAGCUUUCCCUCUUCUUCGGGUGAUUAACACCUCAGCAACUCAGACUAGAUUUAUCAGCGACGUCAGGUAUACUGACGAACACGCAUGGGUUCGUCGUGACGAUAAAGUAGCAACAGUCGGUAUCACAAAGACAGCCGCAGAUCUUUAUGGUGAUAUAAUGUACCUGAAGCUCCCUAGCCUUGGCGAAACUUUUAAGAAAGGAGACAUCAUCGGUAAUGUUGAAUCUACAAAGGCUGCCUCCGACAUUUCCUCGCCAGUUAGUGGUAAAGUUGAAGCGAUAAACCAGUCGCUCGCUGAAAAUCUUCGAGUUCUUAACAGAGAUCCUGAAAGUGACGGAUGGCUUGUGAAAAUGAAACUUACAUCUCCCAACGAAAUUGAUGAGUUGAUGACAAAGGAGGAAUACCAAAACUACCUCAAGCGUGAACAAUAG